UUCGACGUGUUUUAAGGGGAAACUAUUGUUUGUUCAGAAAUGACAAACGGUGGCACCACCGCCAUUUCAGCCGGUGGGAGCCCCAUAUACGGUGGCGCUCACCGCCGCCGCGUCGUAGACUCCAUAAACGAUCAUGAAAAAUCGUCUGAUGUUAUACCUAUUGGUUUUGAACAUUCAAUGAAUGAGACGGAUUCAGAGACAGUUAAUAAUCGUAAUGGUGCAGGGUAUCUAUGUAACAUUGGUGGUGGCAGCCACCAUCACCACCACCCGGCAAUAAGGCAUUUAUUGGCGCGAAAAAGGGUGCCGGAGAAUUGGGUUUUUCUUGUGGAAGAAUUGUGGGUUGUCAUGCAUUCUUUGGGAUCAAGGAAGAAUAUGGGCCGUACGAUUUUGGGUUUGCUGUUGUUGAUGGUGCUAGUAUCUGUGUUUCUCAGAUUCUCUUUCACGGUCGUCGUCGGAGGUCUGAGGGAGUGCGGCACUCGCUGCGGAAGAACGGUGGCGAUAGAGAAUGGAAUUUUACUUGUUCAGAAUUUCAAGAAUGGCUGGUCUAACGCUCAGAAAGCCAUGCUUGAUUCUGAAGCCUCUUCCGCCGAAGCCGUGCAAAAACGGCAGAUGAAAGAAUUUCCGGUCCCAGAAAUAUGGAUGAAACCGAACAGCGAGAACUAUUACCAAUGCGUUACUCGACCAAGAAAUCGCAUAAGGUCGGGAUCAGCAACGAAUGGUUAUAUCCUGGUUCAUGCGAAUGGGGGACUGAAUCAGAUGAGAACCGGAAUAUGCGACAUGGUUGCUGUUGCGAAAAUUAUGAAUGCCUCUCUCGUCCUUCCUUCACUUGAUCACGAGUCCUUUUGGACUGAUCCUAGUGGUUUUAAAGAUAUUUUUGACUGGAGACAUUUCAUUGAAGUUUUAAGAGAUGAUAUUGAGAUAGUUGAAUCUCUGCCACAAGAAUAUGCAGCAAUAAAUCCCCUGAUUAAGGCCCCCGUCUCUUGGUCGAAGGCUAGUUACUAUAGAGGAGAGAUUCUCCCUUUGUUAAAGAAGCACAAAGUAAUUAAGUUUACCCAUACGGACUCGAGACUUGUCAAUAAUGGCCUCGCGCCGUCUAUUCAGAAACUCAGGUGUCGAGCAAAUUAUGAAGCUCUCCGCUACACACCUGAGAUUGAGAAGCUCGGAAAGAAACUGGUGGAUCGACUUAGAGACAAUGGCGGACCAUUUAUUGCUUUGCACUUGAGGUAUGAGAAAGACAUGCUCGCAUUUACCGGCUGCAGCCAUAACUUGAACUCGGACGAGGCUGAGGAACUUCGUGUCAUGAGGUACAAAGUUAAGCACUGGAAAGAGAAAGAGAUAGACAGCAAAGAGAAGAGACUGCAAGGCUUGUGCCCAAUGUCUCCCCGGGAGGCAGCCCUAUUUCUCCGCGCCAUGGGAUAUUCUGCCGCAACAAGAAUAUACAUUGUUGCAGGGGAAAUUUAUGGCAACAAUAGCAUGGACGCAUUUCGAUCAGAAUAUCCAAAUGUUUACAGUCAUUCGACGCUGGCAACAGACGAAGAAAUCAAAGUGUUUAAGCAUUAUCAGAACCGACUUGCUGCCGUAGAUUAUAUUGUAGCCUUAGAAAGUGAUUUGUUCGUUUACACGUAUGACGGAAAUAUGGCAAAGGCUGUGCAAGGACAUAGGAGGUUUGAAGGAUUUCGAAGGACAAUAAAUCCUGACAGGUUAAAUUUCGUUCGACUGAUAGAUUUGUUGGAUAAAGGUUCCAUUUCUUGGGAGGAUUUCGCUUCAGAGGUCAAGAACUUACACUCCAACAGGAUUGGGGCACCAUAUCCUCGAGAAAGAGGCGAAUCCCCUCGACUGGAGGAGAACUUUUAUGCAAAUCCUUUUCCGGGCUGUGUUUGUGACAGAUCUCAGGAACAAACGAUUCAGAAACAACUUGACACGAAAACAAUCUAAGAAUAGCUUCACAGCACUAGUUUGUUCAUUUAGUUGGCGUAGGUCGAACAAUGGAAACGUUGGUUACACGAUCCAAUGCACAAUGCUUCGGUGAUAGUUGACAUCAGAUGUUGCAAGAACUGGAGCUUCAGGUUCAAAUUGUUAGCAGAAAACAAGGAAGAUAUGGGCCAUUGCAGGUUUCAUUGCUACUGAGUACUCCGGAAGAAUAGAUUUUUUAGUACAGAUUCUUUAAUUCGCUCUAUUUAUUGGAUUGUAGCAUAUUAUGGGGCCGGCUAAAGAAUUCUUUUUCAUACUUAAUUCAAAGAUAAAAUCAGUCAACCCUUACAUCAAUUGGAAGUGGGAUGAAAGUUAUGUUUGAUGC